UUUUGUUUGUAUCUUUUAGUUCGGUGUGCGGUUUAAAAUCUGUUACCUGGCGGUUGACGUCGAAGCUGGUUUUCUGCCGCCAAUCAGAAGUACAAUUAAACACAAAGGAAACGUACAAUCACACAAUCUUACCCAUGUAUCUUAGUUUAUUCGUGUUUAAUCUUCUACUGGGAUUGUCAGUUGGUUAUCCUAGUCGGUUGACUUUCGAGUUACCUGACAAUGAAGGUAUUUGCUUCUAUGAAGAUCUUCCAGCUUCGAAAAAGUACGUAUUUAGCUAUCACGUUAUUCACGGAGGUCAAACUGAUGUUGAUAUCGUAAUUAAAGAUCCUAAACAAGUGAUUAUUUCUAAUGUUGAACGUGGUUCAGACGACGAUAUCACCUUCACAACAAUUCCUUCUAAUGGCACUUAUUCUUUUUGUUUCAGUAAUGAGUUCUCUUCUAUAUCGCACAAACUUAUAUAUUUUGAAAUUCGACCGGAAGAUUUUGAAUCAUUAGCUGAAGAGGCUGGGUUACCGGUUUUUCCAACUGUGAUGACUUUAUUGGAUAGUGUUGUGGAGGUGUUACAUCAUUAUCUGUCACGGGCUGAAAGUUUCGGAAUCGAGUUGAAAAAUCGUGAUUAUGGUGAUUUCUUAGUAGCGGAAGAUUUGAAUUCAGCUGUUUUUGUUUGGAGUGUCAUUAUUACAUUUGUUGUGAUAAUAACUUCAGUUGGACAAGUCACAAUAUUAAAGAAUUUCUUCAGCGAGAAAAAAGUUGCUUAUUCGGCAAUCCCAACAAGUUAUCCUACCCAUACUUUAAGAACAUGAUUUGGUGCAAAUUCUAGCAUUAUUUCUGCCUUAUAGGAUAGUUGGGAUUAGUCGAUGACAAGCACGAGAAAUAUCGACUAUUUUCUGACUCCCGUCCAACUUUAUUUUUUUUGUCAGUCGAUUCUUACCCAUUUUCUAACCAAACUUUCCAAAUUGUUAACCUGUACAGCUUCGGUUUUUAAAAUUUUGAUUUGUAUUUUAAAGUUUGUUUUGUUCUUGUGUUGAUUUGUUUCUCUCAAACACAUUAGUUUAGUUCAUGUUAUGAAAAACAUUUUUUUGGUUACUCAGUAUAUGAUGAUGACCAGUGAUUGUUAGUUUUUUUUAAUGAAGAGUUGCAUUGUGUCUGACGUUUACAUGGCUGACGUAGCUGACAACUGACCGCUAAAACUAUCUGAUAAGUCUUUGUAAUUGAACGCUAUACUCGGACCCUAAGCUAGUCUCGUAACCUCCAAGCUAAAUCUGCACAUCGACUUGAACACGAGAGAAAAGGCUCAAAACAUGCGAUAAGCACUUUACUACAAAGGUUCAUUUAUAUACAGAAAAUAUAAUGUUUUUAUAGUAUUUUAGAAGUCAUUGGGUUUUCCUAAAAAUUCUGGAAUGCUACUAGACAUAGCAGCAGUGUAGUAACCAGCCAAUCAGAAACUCUGCAUGUGACUUUUAAUUUUCGUGAUGUUUCUAGUAAAACUUCUAGUCGAACAAUGAUUGAAUAAAAUGUAAUGUUUCCUGAGCUUGUCAUGUCUGUCGCGAGAAAUUUUCUGGAUCAUCCCAACACUAUCGGUAGUCUACUUUGUCUCUGCAUAUUAUAUCAUAUUUUAGAGCAUCAUUCAUGUUAUUUAUUAAGUCUUUACUGCUUACAAAUUUGGCUAGUGUAAGAAUGUAAACUAUUUCUAGGUAUCCACUUUCCCCUCUUGACUUACAUGAAAAUUUCUUCACUACACGAAGCUACUGAUUAGAGGCUUCUUGAGUAAGGGUGUAGCAUGAAAAAGCUCUGUGGAGGCUAAACUCUUUGUAUACUCAGCUGUAGCAGGGUUUCUGAUGUAUAGUAUGCCUUCGAUUGUUGCUUCACGAACGAUGCAAGCGUACAUCAAAUCAUGAUAGAAAAUCUGAUGCAGUUUUGAGAUAUUCUAAUUUUUUUUAAUAAUUGGAACAAUAUAGUAAAUAUAAGUGCAUCAAAUGAAAGCUAGGAUCAUCGUGAGACAAAAAGUCCACUCAAUCAGCUUCUUACCGUGAAGAUACGACCAGUAUUAUAGUUUUAUAACUAUAAACCAGUAACACCUAUAUUGGAAUCGUCCCCCAAUUAGUUAAAACCAGAAGUCAGAUGCGAAGAGAUUGGAAAGAUAUAUUUGAUUCGUUAUCAAUAUAUCGAGAAGCGGUUCUGACUAGUAAACGUAGGAGCCGUUUCCCACGCUGAGUUGUAACGUGAUAUGGUACGGAUGCAUUGCCGAAAGCCUUCAGUUAAACAAGUCCACUUAAAACAAUGUGGUCAGCAUCCAAUGUCGUACACUUAACAAGUUAUUGAUUUUGGGGAAUUAUUUACAGCUACAACCGAAUUUCCCAUGUUAUUGUGUGGUGUGUGCUACUGAUCUUGGCCGAUAUUAUUAGUAUGAAGCAUCAAUCGAAAGUGAAAUGCAUGGUGACAGAAGGUUAACAUUUAAAAGAACAGAGUGGUUGGUGUGAAAACUAAUAGACGACAAAAUCUGAAACAAUUGAUUGACAUUUCGCAAAUGACUGUAUGGUUAUCAGACUUUACGAAGAUAUUCUGUAAUGUUUCAUUGAAAUACAUUUAGUAGUCCCCACUUGUUUUUUUCGUUCACUAAAACUGUACGAGAUAUGAUUUGUUCAAUCAAUUUAUAAACUUCUAAUGAAAUUUCUUGUAAACCUAUUGAAUGAAUCAAGUCAUAAUCGGAAAUUUAAUAGAUACUGAGUUUUCUACUGAUCCAACACUUUCCAAUGACAUUCUUAAUAAACUUGGUGAAAAUACUUCAGAAGAAUCAAAUCUUAUUGUUAUGUCAAAUUUUAUUUAUCUUCAUUAUGCAUCUGUUUCUUGUGAGAAACGUCCAAUGAGAAGUACGAGUCUAGAAUGAGCUCAAUUUUGUUUACGAUUCUAAUGAUUUCAUAUUGACUGUGGUUUGUGCUUAUCAUAAAGUCACUUCUAAUGAAUCCUCUAAUCAAUGGGAAAUAUGUUUUAAAUGAAGCCACAUCAUUCAUAACUUGGAGAUAUGAAGAUCCAACAUUAUUUCGUGGGGGGGAUAGUGCUGAAAAAAAAUGUUGGAUUCUCAUUUAAGCUGUGGCGGAUGUGGUGUUUGUAUGAACUAAUGAUCCCUUUGUAUUUGAUGACUGCUUGAUUUCGAAUUCCAAAUACAACACAUUCAUUCGUGCUCACCUAGUUCAUUCCGAAUUGAGUUGCUGUUUCUGGGAUUCCUAGUUUGUACAAUAAAUCAAAUACUUCUUAUCAUCACAGUGUGCCGCUUCGAUGUCCAGUAGGGCUGGUCUAUUCAGGAGUUCUUCGUAAUGGUCUACCCACCUGUUCUGCUGUUCUUAAAUCUCAGUGAUUGGUUUGCCUUGUUUGUCCUUGACUGGCCUCUCUUGUUUAAUAUAUUCCCCUCCUAGUUUAUCCAUUGUCUCAUAUAGUUGUUUCAUACUCCCAUCUCUUUAAGCUUUUUUCACCAUCGCUUCUAUGUUUUCCACGUCUUUCUGCUUGUCAGCUCUAAUGCUCCUUUCAACUUGUUUGUUUGUUUCUGUUUGCUCAGUUCGACUUUCUCUGUUUUUGUUCGGCUGUCGUUAACUGCUGUCCUCUUGUCCUUCCUUUCUUGAAUCCUCAGGGUUUCGAUGAAGAUCCAUUGCUUAUGAUGAUGCUUCUUGAGGUCCUUAGCUUACACAGUGAGCACACAACUCCACUCAGGAUCGAGCUCAUUUCACAGUACAAAAACGAUACUAUUUUAGACACAUAAUGGUUACUAUUCGGAGUUUAGUCGGUUAGUACUAUAGAACAACCUUCUUGAACUGUCAUUUAUGGGUUUGAUACACACUUCAUGUCUUGUCACCACUGAGUACAUUUUUAUUAUUCAGUAAAGACAUUAAGCACAAAUCAUUAACUAUAAAAUCCCACAGAACAAAUAAGUUAAAUUAGAUCAAAUUUUCCUGUUGUUCUGAUAUUAUUAGCUCAACCGUUUCCUAUUUGCUUGCAAACUACCAUUUUAAAUAUCAAUAGUGUAAAUGUUUCAUGUUUUCUUUCCAAAAUCAGAAAUCUCAUUGUGUUCUUUUCACGUGUCCGAAUUCCUGGUUUUUAUUUCAAAUUUUUAUAAGUUGUGUAGGUUAUUGAUUCAAAGUAAUGAAUGAACAAUACAAUGUUACAGUGUUGGUGAAUGAGAAAAUAUCAUUGGGUAUUGAACAUUUCUCAUAUAUCAUUUUCGAUUGUGUCACAUAAAUACAUUAACGAUUCUUUAGUUUCUUAAUUAAUUUCUUUCAUGUCAUGUUUGAGAAAUUCAUUUUUGAUCUCAGAAAAUUGCCAACAUCCAAAAUGCAUUGAUAGUCAAAAUCCAAUAAAUUUCCAACAAUUUCUUGCUAUCCUUUUAAAUAAACUUUGAUUAUUAAC